UCAACUCUGCUUCGACUUUAGCCCUUUCGUAAACUUUUUGCUUCGGACAGACAUUUUCACACAAGGAUAGUGAAACCUUUGAUGCGGUUGAGCUUCUACAAGUUCGUUUGGCCUGGAAGCGAAUGUGGCUUUCUCUUUGACUUAAGCGUGUUUAUAUCCCCGGAAAAAAACUAGCGGCGAUUUGAGGUAUGUCAAAUUCCUGUUCGCAGGAAGUGUUCUCAGUCUAUAUUUAGCCAAUGGGAAUCUGCUCAGAGGUGCCUCAUUGGGAAGACUCUCGUCGGUACACGCGGCACAUCUCCAGGUACAGUGAGCAAAGAUGGGGGAACGACAGUACAGUUUCCAGACCGGCCAGAGGAACUCGUUCCAUUGGCUGGAUUUCGUCAUUUUCUGUGGAACCCUGCUCUUUUCCGCCGGAAUUGGUAUAUUUUACGCUAUCAAGGAUCGCCGUAAGAAAAGCGUGAAGGAUUUCCUACUAGCCGGUGGGAACAUGCACCUCAUUCCCGUCGCGAUGUCAUUGCUGGCCAGCUUCAUGUCGGCGAUCACGUUGCUGGGAACGCCAGCGGAGAUGUACAACCACACGACGGUGUACAUCUAUAUUGGGAUUGGCUAUUUCCUGGCUAUGGGGCUGUCCGCGCACAUCUAUGUUCCGGUGUUCUACAACCUUGGAGUGACAAGUGCAUAUGAGUAUCUAGAGAAGCGGUUCAGCAAGGGAGUGCGGACUGCCGGAACCCUCAUCUUUUGUACCCAGACGAUUAUCUACAUGGCGAUAGUGCUGUACGGCCCAUCCCUUGCCCUGAACGCAGUGACAGGCCUGUCUCUAUGGGGAGCGGUUGCCGCAGUCGGGAUUGUUUGUACGUUUUACACAGCUAUUGGUGGGAUGAAGGCGGUGCUGUGGACGGACACGUUCCAGAUCUUCAUGAUGCUGGCGGGACUAGCGGCAGCUAUGAUCCAGGGGUGUAUAGAGAUAGGCGGCUUCGGCAAGGCGUGGGAGAUAGCCGAGAACAACCACAGAGUGUACUUUUCAGAUUUCAGCGUUGACCCGACUGUGCGCCAUAGUUUCUGGUCUCUGACAAUUGGCGCUGGCUUCCUAUGGGCGUCAGUGUAUGGAGCCAACCAAGCACAGGUCCAGAGAGCUCUCACGUGCUCCUCUUUGAAGGAUGCUCAGAUCGCCCUCUGGAUCAACGCCCCCGGCCUCUGCAUCAUCCUCGUGCUCUGCAGCAUGAUCGGCAUCGUUAUGUCCGCCUUCUACGCAACCUGUGAUCCAAUUAGCUACGGUCUUGUAUUCGCCUCUGACCAGCUGUUCCCACUAUUUGUGAUGGAUGUGUUAGGCCAUGUGCCUGGGAUUCCGGGUCUGUUUGUCGCCUCCAUCUUCAGUGGCGCCCUCAGCACCAUAUCUUCCGGACUAAACUCUUUGGCAGCUGUGACUCUCCAGGAUAUUCUCAAACCAUACUUUCUCAAAGGAAUCAGCGAAAGCAGAGCCACCAACAUCUCCAAGAUCAUAGCUGUCGUGUUCGGUGUCAUCUGCCUGGGACUGACGUGGGUCGCCUCCAAACUCGGCGAAAUUCUACAGGCGGCGUUGUCUCUGUUUGGAAUGCUGGGAGCGCCCAUGCUUGGACUCUUCACGCUGGGAAUGCUGUUUCCUUGGGCCAACAAAUGGGGAGCAUAUUCUGGCCUGUUCACCAGCCUCUUUAUGAUGUUCUGGAUCGGUAUUGGUGCCCACGUUGCUAAGCUACCAGCCAAUAAGAGUCCAAUCAGUAUCACGGGAUGCAACUGGAACAUAACGUCAACAACUAUGUACACCUCACCCGGAUAUGACGUCAACGCCACUUUGUCAACGCUAGCCUCCUACAACGUCACAACGACACCCACUGUUUUAAACGUGACCGAAGCAGUGGAGGACUGGAGUCCUCUGAAUAGCCUGUACGGCCUGUCCUACCUGUGGUACAGUUUCACUGCGGUGCUGAUUGUCCUGGGUGUUGGCUUGCCUGUCAGCUACUUCACAGGCUUUGAGGACAUCGAGAAGAUUGACCCGCGUCUGAUCUGUCCCCUGUUUGACGUCAUCUGCUGCUGUCUGCCGGCCAAGUGGAGGGAGGCGUGUAGAUGUGGGAUUAAUCACCAACAGGAAGAUGAAACGCCAGAACCCGGAAGAGAAGCCAUGGAUGAGAAGACAGCAAACGAGUUGUCCUCGUUUAUAGAUCGAGACAUCGAGAUAACCGUGAAUCCUCCUGGGUCUAAAGAAGACGUUAUGUCUUAAUAGCCGACACACUUGUAGAGAAUUAAGGAACUGAGCCCGUUUCACAAAGCGUUCGUAGCGCUACGACUGUCGUAAGUCUAUGUUAAAGUAUGGGAGUUACG